UCUCGCGCUCACGGGGUACACAACCCAGCCGCCACACUCACGCGUCUUCUAACGACGACUACAACGACGACGCGAAGCGCCAGAACGACGUCAAGUGCCAGAACGACGUGUGCAAUCGCCUAAGCCGCACGGACAGCAACACAUUAACCACUACAAUAAAACAUUAGUGUUUGUGUUUUUUUCCGUAUUUUUCCGAUUCGAUUCAAUCGCGUCUUCGUUUAACGGUGCGCGCUUAGCUACCCCGAGCCCUAAGGUCCCUCGAGACUUUGCCGCACGAUUUUUUCGCAGACAACAAAUUGCACGGUCUCCUGGUACACAAUUCUCUAUCACUUUUUCUCACAAUCUCGCCUGCACGCGCAUUGCUUCAGUAGACGAUUCUAGUGAUAUUUCGAUAAUAUUUUUUAUUGUCCAGCGACACAAAUUAAAACCACUACACGUAAAAAUGAUGCUGACACCGCGGUUACUAUUCGCCAUGGCCGUACUGUGGGUGGUUACUGUCACGGUACAGUCCCGGCCCACCGUCGAUUCCGAGGAAACGGAACAAGACGAGUCUGAUGAAAUUCCAAGCAACCCCACGGUCCUGAUGGUGCCGAACCGCAUACUCGCCGACCCCGAUUCGUCGUUUGGCAAGAUGUUGCGCGAUCGAUUGCGUACCAUGUCCGAUAAAGACUUGACCGUCCUGCAAUCGAAUAUGCAGACCGCAAUCAAAACCGAUCCCAACGACGACGAUAUGAUGAUGGGGGAUAUGCCGUCGGCGGACGAUCCGCAGGACUCGUCAUCACCGGCCUCCCCGCUCGGACUAGUCACAGUGACGCCGGACAUGGAUUACACUGACGAUAUAUUGCGCAGACAAAGCCCCGAGUCUGAAGAUCCCGAUGCCAGUGACAAAAAUCUCAGAAUUCAAACUAUUCACGACCAGAUGAUAAAGUUUAUGGGGAGGAACGCCCAAAUACUCUCGCCAAGUCCAAUGAUAAAGACAGGUCCAAGUUCAAUAAUACCUAUUCAACAAAGAGAUGCCAUAAGAAUAUUUUACGACAACUUAAAUAAUUUUCCAACUUAUCCUUCUGAUACGUUUACUGAAAAAACUCAAAGCUUUUAUCCUACUUGUGACUUGCCAAAGCACACAAAUGAGGGCGUUUGGAAUACAAAGGAAUCAAUGAAUUUAAUGUUUAACAUUACUUUACCCAAGUCAUCUAAGGGUAUCUCAAUCAACGUAAAUAUGGCUAGACUCAGGCUAUACAAACAAUUCGUAUCUUGUUAUUCACAAUCGAGUAAUGAGACCGAUGAUUCGCAAGCAUGUCCACCAACAUUUUAUGUAGAAACUAUAAAACAAUCCAACUCUAAUUUAUCUACAGCUGGUGUAGUACCGCUAAUAUUGGACGAAAGACAAAUUCGUGUAUCAAUUUACGCGUACACCAGAUCACUUAAGAGAAAAAGAGUAAAGAGGAAGUUAUUGGAUAGCCGUAUGGUUCCAUACUACAGUGAGAAAUGGACAGAAUGGAACAUUCGUAAUGCAGUAAAGGCUUGGCACAGGAACCCAGGUCGUAAUUACGGAAUCAGUGUUGAAGUGGAAGAUGAAGAUGGUAACUUGUUGCCAGUCAGCAAAUUUUUCAGACCCAUGAAUUGCUCAGGAGACGCGCAAAUAAUGACCCCGAAGCCGGUUCCUGGAUUCAUAAUGGAGGCAAUGCACAACGGUUACCAGGCCGUUACAACCAACAACAGUAACACCAACGCGGCCGACGCUUUAGCAUUUAGCUUCAACAUGCACCGGUAUCCAAUAAUGGACGUUACCACGGUAGAAGUGCCAGAAUCGGAAGUGAACAACGCUAUGCUUUACCAGUACGCGAAGAACGCGUUCGAACAGGUGGGCGGUAGUAGCGCGGCAUCGGCGUCCUACUUACCGACGGGGCAGGAAGACCAGCACCGGCUCCGGCACGGUAGUCGGCAGCACCGUAACAACGGCACCGUACCCGGAGGUCUAUCCAGGGACGGCCACGAGCUCCGCGAUCAGAUCAUCAUGCAAGGCGUAAUCCAACGGAACGCGCAGCACAGACCAACAACCACGGAGAUCCCGGACUAUAGAUAAUUCUGAUGGAGUAAGACGACCAACAACCGCGGACACGUCGAAUCAUAAUAAAAUAUAUUAUACGUGUGCACAGUGUGUUUUUAAAACAUCUAUUUUAGGAUCGUCGGUGCAAAUAAGAUGAUAGCUAGCUUGGGUAAAUUGUAUCCACCCUUCCAAACAAGCAAUUAUUUAACAAUAAUCUUAAACCGCCUCUCAUCCCGAUAUUAUAGUAAAUUGCGUUAUUUUAAUUUAAUUUUAAUGCUUUAUUUGAUUAAAAGUAAAUUUAUAAUGCCCAAAUACUACACCAACAGUCAAAUAACUUAAUUCCGGCUAACGAUUGACAAAAUUAUUCUGUAUCCAUGUAUAACACAGUGUAGUAUAAAUACCAGAAUGAUACGGUAGUACGUGCGAUGUCACUUUUCUGCGCGCCAAAACCAUUCAUUAAUACAUUAAUACAUCGAUUAAGCUGCCACAAGAUCAAUAAUUUAUAGGUAUAAAUAACACAUCUUCGAUCCGUGUCCGUAUACGACAAAUAAACACACACACACACACACACACACAUUUCUUUUUCACGUGACAUAAACACUUCAAACCCGAUUAUAGUUUUUUUUUUUAAUGUUAUAUACUAUAUAUAUAUAUAUUAUUAUAUUGUUGAGGUGGAGGGACAUACUAUUAUAUAUUAAUGUAUGUACAUACGUGUACGUAUAGUGUGUCGAUUGAAAAAUAGAUUUAGUAUUACUUUAAUUUAUAUUAUUAUUAUUAUUAUUUUUUUUUUUUACUACUAUUAUUCUACUAACUCUAUGUAAAAUGUUCCUAUAGUUUUUAUAAUAAUUAGCGACGACCAAUGUAAAAUCAGUUGUCUUAAUUUCGUAGCCGUUCUAUAUCAACACAUUACCUAUUUAAUUCGUUAAAACCAUGACCCGCCAUCAGUGAAAUAGAAAUAUCGCUUUUUAAAAAAAACAAUACAAUGACAAUAAUAAAAAUUAAUAACCCCCCACACCGUUGACAUUGUUGUAAUACUUCGUACCUCGAUCGUACACACUAUUCGUUAGGUACCUACAUAUUAUUAAAUUAUUCGAGUUUUAGUAACUUAUUACAUUUUGUUAAAAUAUUAAUUUAUUUCAUACAGACUAAACGACGUGCGACUUUUUCUUUUUUUUUUUAUGAAUAAUAGGUAUUUAUUAUAUUAUUUACUGGUACCACUAGGUACUCUUAAUUACGUGUUAUGUUUGUUAAUGCGCAAUAUAUUAUUCAUCUCAUCUAGAGCGAUGUCUGUGGACAUUCGAAUACUAUAUUAACCGCACACUUUUAUCAAUAACAUGUUUCACCUAUUAAUUUAUUUAUUAGUCCUAAGUUUUUUUUAUUUUUGUCUUUUUUAAAAUAGCUUUCAUGACGAACACAUUCGUAAUGUGUUUAGACAUAAUGCUUCCUAACAAUGUACCCUUUUACAUGUAAAUAAUCGCUGUACUUUGUUUUAUUUAUAUAUAUAUAUAGAUUUAUCGUAUAUUAUGUGUGUAUGUUUUUUAAUUUUUUUUUUUAAAUAUAUUAUAAUAUAAUUAUUACUGUAAACGAA